UGCAGUUUCCCACCCGGAAGAAGCAACCGAGGCACCUGUUGAGCGGCAACAUGGCGCGGUCCGGGAAUAAGGCAGCUGUUGUGCUGUGUAUGGAUGUGGGCUUUACCAUGAGUAACUCCUUUCCUGGUGAAGAAUCCCCAUUUGAACAAGCAAAGAAGGUGAUGACCAUGUUUGUGCAGCGACAGGUGUUUGCUGAGAGCAAGGAUGAAAUUGCGUUAGUCCUUUUUGGUACAGAUGGCACUGAGAAUUCCCUUGCUUGCAAGGAUCAGUAUCAGAACAUCACAGUGCACAGACACCUGAUGCUACCAGAUUUUAACUUGCUGGAGGACAUUGAAAGCAAAAUCCAACCGGGUUCUCAACAAGCUGACUUCCUGGAUGCACUCAUCGUGUGCAUGGAUGUCAUUCAAAAAGAAACUGUAGGAAAGAAGUUUGAGAAGAAGCAUAUUGAAGUGUUCACUGACCUCAGCAGCCCAUUCAGCAAAGAUCAGCUGGAUAUUAUAAUUCAUAACUUGAAGAAAUCCAGUAUCUCCCUGCAGUUCUUUUUGCCUUUCCCAAUCGGCAAGGAAGACGGAACUGGGGAUAGAGGAAAUGGCAACUUGCACUCAGAUCACCAUGGACCCUCAUUUCCUUUAAAAGAAAUUACAGAGCAGCAAAAAGAAGCUAUUCAGAUGGUGAAAAGGGUGAUGAUGUCUUUAGAAGGUGACGAUGGGCUGGGUGAAAUUUAUUCUUUCAGUGAGAGUCUGAGACAACUGUGUGUCUUUAAGAAAAUUGAGAGGUCAUCCAUUCCUUGGCGCUGUCAACUGACCAUUGGCUCCAAUUUGUCUAUAGAGAUUUUGGCUUAUAAAUCGAUUGUACAGGAGAAAGUUAGAACAGCUUGGACAGUUGUGGAUGCAAGAAGCCUAAAAAAGGAAGAUAUACAAAAAGAAACUGUUUACUGUUUGAAUGAUGAUGAUGAAACUGAAGUUCCAAAAGAAGACACUAUUCAAGGUUUCCGUUAUGGGAGUGAUAUAAUUCCUUUCUCUAAAGUGGACCAGGAACAAUUGAAAUACAGAUCAGAGGGAAAGUGCUUCUCUGUUUUGGGAUUUUGUAGAUCUUCUCAGGUCCACAGGAAAUAUUUUAUGGGAAAUCAAGUUCUAAAAGUCUUUGCAGCAAAAGAUGAUGAGGCGGCAGCAGUGGCCCUCUCCUCCCUGAUCCACGCUUUGGAUGAGUUAGACAUGGUGGCUGUAGUUCGAUAUGCUUAUGACAGAAGAACUAAUCCUCAAGUUGGUGUGGCUUUUCCUUGUAUCAAGGACACGUAUGAGUGUUUAGUGUAUGUGCAGCUGCCUUUCAUGGAAGACUUGCGGCAAUACAUGUUUUCAUCCUUGAAAAAUAAUAAGAAAUACACUCCCACGGAGGCGCAGUUGAGUGCUGUUGAUGCUUUGAUUGACUCCAUGAGCCUGAUAAAGAAAGAUGAAGAAGAAGACACCAUUGAAGACUUAUUUCCAACCACCAAAAUCCCAAAUCCUCAAUUUCAGAGAUUAUUUCAGUGUCUGCUGCACAGAGCAUUACAUCCCCAGGAGCAUCUGCCCCCAAUUCAGCAGCAUAUUCUGAAUAUGCUGGAUCCCCCCUCUGAGGUGACAGCUAAAUGUCAGGUUCCUCUCUCUGAAAUAAAGACCCUAUUCCCUCUGACUGAAGCCGUCAAGAGGAAGAAUCAACUGACUGCUCAGGACAUUUUCCAGGACAACCAUGAAGAGGGGUCCAACUCCAAAAAAUUCAAGUCUGAGGAAGGGGAGGCCCACUUUCGUCUCUCCAGCCUGGCCGAAGGCAGCGUCACCAAGGUUGGAAGUGUGAAUCCUGCUGAAAACUUCCGUGUUCUAGUGAGGCAGAAGAAUGCCAGCUUUGAGGAAGCGAGUGACCAGCUAAUAAGUCACAUUGAACAGUUUUUGGAUACUAACGAAACACCGUAUUUUAUGAAGAGCAUGGACUGCAUCAGAGUCUUCCGGGAAGAAGCCAUUCAGUUUUCAGAAUACCAGCGCUUUAACAAUUUCCUGAAAGCCCUUCGAGAGAAAGUAGAAAUUAAACAAUUAAAUCAUUUCUGGGAAAUCAUCGUGCAAGAUGGAAUUACUCUGAUCACCAAAGAUGAAGCUUCUGGAAGCUCUGUCACAGCAGAGGAAGCCAAAAAGUUUCUGGCUCCCAAAGAAAAUCCAAAUGAAGUCACGGCAGCCGUCUUUGAAGGAGGUGGUGAUGUGGAUGAUUUACUGGAUUUGAUAUAGGUCCUGGACGUGUGGAGAAUCUACAGGAGUCUCCAUCGCUGCCAUGCUGGGACUUCUACACAGAGCAACCUGGAGGCAGCCAUUCCAGGGGACCGGGAGCUCUGGAGACAGUCUCUGCAGGUCACGCGGAAGGGCAUCUCCUGAUUCUUUGUGUAAUGAAUAUGUACACACAUAAGGGAUAUUUAGACCCCAAACAAGUUUAUAA